GGCGUGAGCGCGGGGAUGCCUGGGGGUUCCCGACAGCGGGAUUCCUGGGCUGCGCGCAGCGAGGGAGCGAGGCGGGUGGAGACGGGUGCGCACGGUGUUCCCGGAGGCCCCGGAGGGAAGCGACCCCGAGCCGGCUUCCCUGCGGCGGGGAUUCCCUGAACCGGAACCCCGGGCGAAGGGGCGGGGCCGGAGGUGCCCCUGACGCGCCGCCGGGGUGUUCCCCGCCCCGGGUUGUUCCCCACGACAGGUGGCCCCCGACGCGAGCCGCAGCCAUGGGCAACACCGCCAGCGACCGGGUGGCCGGGGAGCGCCACGGCGCCAAGGCUGCGCGCGCGGAGGGCGCCGGCGGCCCGGGCCCGGGCAAGGAGCACAAGAUCAUGGUGGGCAGCACCGACGACCCCAGCGUCUUCAGCCUGCCCGACGCCAAGCUCCCUGGGGACAAAGAGUUUGUAUCGUGGCAGCAGGAUCUGGAGGACUCCGUGAAGCCCACCCAGCAGGCCCGGCCCACUGUUAUCCGCUGGUCUGAAGGAGGCAAGGAGGUCUUCAUCUCCGGGUCCUUCAACAAUUGGAGCGCCAAGAUUCCGCUGAUUAAGAGCCAUAAUGACUUUGUGGCCAUCCUGGACCUCCCUGAGGGAGAGCAUCAGUACAAGUUCUUUGUGGAUGGACAGUGGGUUCAUGAUCCAUCGGAGCCUGUGGUUACCAGUCAGCUUGGCACGAUUAACAAUUUGAUCCAUGUCAAAAAGUCUGAUUUUGAGGUGUUUGAUGCUUUAAAACUAGAUUCAAUGGAAAGCUCGGAGACAUCUUGUCGAGACCUUUCCAGCUCACCCCCAGGCCCUUAUAGUCAAGAAAUGUAUGUGUUUCGAUCUGAGGAGAGAUUCAAAUCCCCGCCCAUCUUGCCUCCUCACCUUCUCCAAGUUAUUCUUAACAAGGACACUAAUAUUUCUUGUGAUCCAGCCUUGCUCCCUGAACCAAAUCAUGUUAUGCUGAACCAUCUCUAUGCGUUGUCCAUAAAGAUAAAGAAACUAAGGCUCAGAGAAGGUCAUAUUGCCAGACAGUGUGAUGGUCCUCAGUGCAACCCAUCGCUACAAGAAGAAGUAUGUCACUACUCUGCUGUACAAGCCCAUCUGAAGGGAUCCCUUUCGGCCUCCCAGGCUUCCGAAGCAGUUUCCUUGCCUUUCUGGACUAGACUAGUCUGACCUGAGACUGGAAGGCUGAUUUGCUUUGAGGCUGAUAUGUGUGUUUCAGAGCCUCUGAGUAGGAUGCUCUGCUUUUGCAUUUGAUUGAAGAUGAGGGGUUUAUGAAUUCAUGGCGUUCAUUUUAAGAAAAAAAUACAUAUAUGUAUACAUAUGAGAGGAAGGUUAGUGGACGUCUCCUAGCUAGAUGUAUUCUCUCUGCCUCUAGGGAUGCACCAAGAGCUGAUUGGGGAUGCUGCAGGAAGAGCCUUCAUUAUAGGAAGCUUUUUUUUACUAAAAUGAAGAGCAAACUCAGUAUCCUUGAUGGGUGGAGAGUCUAUCACUGCUACCUUGGCUCUCCAAGGGAUGGACUUGUGCCCUACUCGGGCCCUACUUACAGCUGCCUCCUUUCAGGGGCAGCUUUUCUUGCAUGGGUUUUCUGUAUUCCCAGAGUCUAUGGCACAACACAGUUGCUAGUUGGUUGGUUUGUUUGGUGGAUACACUCUGGGUUUUUUUAUAUAAUACCAGAUGCCCCACAAAAAUCCGUUUCUCCUCUCAUUUUACAUUCUUGCUUUGAUAACCUCUUUCAGAUCCUAUACAUGACCCUCCCCGAACACAAAAACUCACUGGAUAAAUGACUCCUUUCAAAGUCUGUGUGAUAUCUGACCCUCCUCAGAGACUAGGGCUGCCAGAAAGUCCCUUUUAGCCCAGCACAGGCCGAGGCCACUUUGUUAUCACUUGCUCUAACUUCUACUAAGGAAAAUGGCUCAGCAUUAUAAGAAAGGCAGGAAGCCCUGGCCAGUGUUCUCACGAAGGGUCAUGGGUUUUAUUUCCGGUCAAGGGCACAUACCUGGGUUGCACGUUCAAUCCCUGGCCCUGGUUGAGGUGCAUGUGGAAGGCAACUCGUCGAUGUGUCUCUCUCACAUCGAUUUUUCUCUCCCCUUCCCUUCCACUCUAUAAAAAAUCAAUGGAAAAAAAUAUCAUUUGGUGAGGAUUAACAAGAAAAAUAAAGGCAGGAAUGCAGAAGGUCUACUUUCUUGUUUUAGUUUGAUGCCACAGCUUGGGCCGUAUUGGCACAUCCCUAUGGGUUUUCCUACCUGGCCUGGCCCUGCUCCAGGCUCUCUUUCUCCGAGCAGACAACCUUGAAGGUGGGAGGGAGCCAGGGAAAACUUUCAUGUCUUUCCUCCUUGAAAGAUUUUUAUGUGCCUACAUUUUUCUUUAAUUAAAAAUGCCUUUUCAUUGGUCUUAUGAGACUUCAUAAAAUUCUUGAUAAAUGGUUCCCAAGAUUUUCUUCCCUACUCUAGUUCUUAAUCUUACAGUAAGUAAUGUAGCUAACCCUGUGCACAUCAUUACAUUAAAUACUGCUCUAGAUACAGAUUUAUUCAGGCUCAUUUGAUGCACCUAAAAGGUAACCUCAACUUAAGAUUUAUUAGGCCAAAAAGCAAGAAAGCACCCUUGGUGUUCUCAACCAUCAUUUUGUUCUGCCUCUUUUCAAAAAACAUAUUUGAUAAUGAGGUGGGGUCAGUGAUUUCCAUUUGUGGAAUGAAAAGUAGCAUUCAAUCUAUUCUUGGGGUUCAAAGAUAAAGCAUAUUUUCCAGGUAUCUGUGGCUCUUCCAUUACAGGUAAAUGCACGUCAAACAUUCAACACCGAAGGAGUCCAAACUUGAUGCUUGAGAGACUCCUUGACUGCUCAGAUGAGCCCAGCCACACUGAGGGCAUCCACAGGUCAGUUUAGUUACCUCCUGCUUUCCCAUACAAAGCUGAAGGCAGUUAUCUUUGGGUAUGUAGACCUCUUAGAUCCCCCUAUGAGGCAGUAGGGUCUGGUGGUGGUGUUUUGCUGGGAAUGCAAAUUGCUAAGUACUUUGGUGGUUAAUGGCUGAGAAUAAAUACUGCUUUAGCCACUUAAGGCCACCUUCUGCAGCAAAAGGCUUUUGUGGAGAACUUUUAUACUCCCAACCACUUUUUGAAUAGUGUGCCAUUUAAAAAAAUCCAGGCCAAAUCCUAUUUUAACCAACUCUUAGGAUCUAUGUCAUCUUCAGUUAAUCUAGAAUUUUGUUUUUAUCUAAUACCCAUUAAAUAAGUGGGCCAAUUAGGGGGAUUCAAAAUCUUGGUGGUUAAUAAAGGAUUGUGUUGCACUCAUAUUUCUGGUCAACAGUAUUGAAAUGUAAUUGCCUAUGCGUUCAUGUAUGAAGAUUUUUGUUCCACACAGGUAUGUCAGUCGAGGGGGCAGGAAAAGAGAUCCCUUCAAUUUCUUUCCGGCCAAAGGCUUUGAUGAAUUGGGUCUGGCUUCAGUGACAGUAGGUUUUGGUGCUGGUGACCUUCACAUCUUUCUAAUCAGGAAAGAUGCCGAGGGCGUCAGUUUCCCAAAUCCUGAGGUAAUCUCUCCGCCAGAUGUGACAGGGGCGCCUAACAGCUGGUAUGGAAGGCGUGGGUGAGAGGAACUGGAUGAUGGCUCCUUCAGUAUUGUUCCUUUUUAUACGGCUAAUACGUCCCGUGGCCCUGAGAAGCCGUGUCACGCUCUGUCCCCAAGAAACUGUUUUAGAAGGUAGAUAGGGAGGGAGGAAGGUAGCCCCAAGUAUAGCCACUCAUUCUUUUGUAUUGGUUAAAGGAAUAGUUUACUUUCUGCAGAAUAGAGUUUAGCAGAUUUGAGAAAUGAAUAAAAGCAAGAAAAAAUAUUUUUAGCUCUUUGGGGAGGGACUAUAGCAGUUUCACAAGAGUCAAAAGAAUAAGGAAAUAGCUCUCGGGAGGAUUAAUCCUUAAAGAACUACAUCAUGGUUUUGGGAUUAUGGG